AUGUUUGCUGACAGCAGAAAAUCGUGGCUGCUGAGACACUGCUCCUCUCUUCUCCACAAUGAGAAGGCUCGGAAGGCCGGGCAGCUGUUUUCAGGGCUGCUGGCCAUGAAUGUGGUGUUUCUGGGCUGCGCCUUCAUAAGCAGCAUGAUUUUCAACAGGGUGGCAAUACCUUGCCGCGACGUCAGGAUCUUCCUCUCCAUCCAGAUCCUAUCGCUCUGCUGGAUCAUUUACUACUUGCUGUGUACCAGCAGGAAGCCCAAUGCGGUGCUGUACAGGGACUCCCAUGCUGGGCCAGUCUGGUGCAGGGUAAGUGGGUCUCUCGUGCUGUUUGGAAUCUGCGCCAUCCUCCUGCAUGUGUUCAGGAUUGGAUAUGACGUCAGCCACAUACAUUGCAAAUCCCACCUGGAAAUGUUCUUGUGCAUAGAAAUCAUCUUUGUUUGCAUUCAGACAUACCUUUUAUGGCGUCACUGUAAGGACUGUACCCAAGUGCAGCACAACCUCACCAGAUGUGGGCUGUUGCUGACCAUGGCCACAGAUCUCCUCCUCUGGCUGUUAGCAGUGACCAACGACUCUGUUCACAGGGAAAGCAAUGAGACCAGCUCAUGCAUGUGUCCAAACACAACAGCCUGUCGCAUCUUCCAGAAGGGCUACAUCUUGCUGUACCCCUUCAACACGGAAUACUGCCUCAUCGGCAGCUCCAUGCUGUUCAUCAUGUGGAAGAACGUGGGCAGGCACAUCCCUCCCCACCAGGCCAUUCAUGCCAAGCCCAAGUUCAAGCUUCGUGACGUCAUUUACGGGCUGUGCUGGGGCAUAUCUGCAUUGUUUCUUGGGAUCUGCAUCUUCAUGACCUACCAGAUCCAGGCUACCAGAUCAGCGCUACCCAGGAGGGCCCUUGUGAUGUAUUAUUCCUACCAUGUCAUGCUUCUACCACUGAUGACUUGUGAGUGCUUGGCUGGGACGGUCAUCCAUGGCUUGGAAGAGCGUGAGCUAGAUACUCUGAAAAACCCAACCCGAAGCUUGGAUGUGAUCCUGCUUAUGGGAGCAGCCCUAGGCCAUUCCAUUUCUUACUUCUCCAUUGUUGCCAUUGUGGCCACCAACCCUGGAGCCCUGCUGAACCGACUCAUCCUGACCUAUGCGGUCGCCCUCAUCAUUCAGCACAUCACGCAGAACAUCUUCAUUAUUGAGGGGCUUCACCGGCAGCCUUUGGCGGAAGAUCCUGAUGCCAGCCUGGCUGGGCCCCACAUACAGCACUCAGGCGAGAAGCGUGAAGGCUGUGACCCGAGAAGAGUUUACCCACAAGAGAUACGACAGGAGAUCAGGAGGGUUUCGCACGCCAACAGCCAUACCUAUAGCCACCUGACGGAAGAGAAAAGCCCUAAGGAGAUCUCAGUCUUCCUGGUCUUGUGCAACAUCAUACUGUGGAUCAUGCCCACAUUCGGCAUGCACCCACCCUUCGAGAACGGACUGGAGAAGUCGUUUUACGGUUACUCCACCUGGUUUGCCAUCGUGAACUUCGGCCUGCCCCUGGGUGUGUUCUACAGAAUGCACUCUGUCGGGGGGCUCCUGGAAGUUUAUGUGUCAUCCUGA